CUGUGAGCUUGUGAGACUGUGUUACUUCAUUGUCCUCACUCGCAGCUCGUUCAUCAUUGGUGAGUGCUGACAUUAACAUUUUUGCCUGCGUUUUUAUUUUUGUUCGUGUUCAAUGCUUUCAACUUCUCAUUGAUUGGAUUAAGAGGCAAAGUUUCCGACUUUGAAUUAUGGUAUUGCUGGUUGCACUUGCAUUGCUUCUGGGUCUCUUCCUCGCUGUUCUUCUUUUCAACCCACGACACCGCAAAUCUGGGCACGAGGGAAAAGCUCAAACCAGUUUAAACAAUGAUAAGACAUCAAAAUCCUACAGUAAAACGGAAGUUUCAUUGCAUAACAAGAGAACAGAUUGUUGGAUAAUCAUCAAGAAAAAGGUAUAUGAUGUUACCUCUUAUGUGGAAGAACAUCCAGGUGGUGAUGCCAUUCUAGCACAUGCUGGAGAUGAUUCGACUGAAGGAUUUUUUGGAACAUUUAUUCCUUCCUUCUUGGCAUGUACCUGGAUCAAUCAUGUUGUAUGAACAUACCACAGCACGCAACUCGAGUAUUUGACAUGAUUGAAGACUUCUACAUUGGAGAUUUGGGACAAUAGCCUAGUCAGUAGCUCUACAAUUUUAAUGUUCAAAAGAUGUAUGAUUUGAGAAUUUCAACAUUUUACUCCUUGUUAUCUCCCCAAAUUUUCACUGCUUGUCUGAUCAUUCAUCUUCAUUAGACAGUAAUUCAGUUGUUGCUGUUGGAAUGCAUGGUUUUGAUAUAAUUGGGCAUGAAAUCAUUUGUAUUCUCCUGUCUUUGUGCGCGCAGUAACAGCAAAAAUUGAGCCUUCCCCUUCUUUUCAUCAUUAAAAAUAUUAAGCUAAAUUAAAAUAUCGGUA